AUGGAAAAAUUGUCAGCGGUGACUAACAAAAAGGUUUGCAUAGUUUUACCUCAUGAUCUUGUGCUCUUCAUUCUCUCAAAACUUCCUUUAUGUGAAUCGAAGCGACUUCGAUGCGUAUGCAAAUCAUGGUCCCUCGUGUUCAAAAACCCUCAAUUCAUAAACAUGUAUAUCAACCAUCUUACACGUUAUAACCAUUCUUCUCAUGGUGAUAAAUUUCUCGUCCUACACAAAUUGCUACCUGGGGAAUUUGUUGAAAAUAUUGAUAGUUGGCAUUGCGAGUUUUACUGGGUCUCAAAUGACAAGUUUGAGAAUUGGGUUAAAUUAGAUUGGCCGUCUCAAUUUCAAAAUGAUGAUUGUAAUAUUUAUAUUGUGGGUUCGGUUAGUAUUAAUGGCAUUCUUUGUCUCAAACAAAGACUUAAGACUCGCCAGCUUGUAUUGUGGAAUCCAAUUACAGGUGAAGCUAAGGUCAUUCCUCCUAGUCCGGUUGAGAACAACCCAUCUGAUAAUCCGUCUCCUUGGAGGUUUCUUCAUGGAUUUGGUUAUGAUCAUGUUAGCGAUGACUAUAAAGUUGUUCAAAUGAUAGACUAUAAUGUCCGUUAUAGAUACGGCGAUUUGAUACGGAGAGAUAGACUUUAUGAUCCAUUGUGGGAGAUAUAUAAUCUUAAAACUAACUCUUGGAAGAAACUAGAUUUUGAUAUGGGCGAUUGUAAUGAUUUUUCCAUAUCAGGAAGUAUUGGAGUGUACAUGGAUGGAUUGUAUCAUUGGUGGGCUAAAUCUGAAUCAAAAAAUAUUGAAGAAUAUUUGCUGUCAUUUGACUUUAGCACUGAGAUGUUGAUUAAAAGACCAAUGCCCACGGACAUUGAUGGCCUUGUUGAAAGAAACUUGGUGAUGUUAAAUGGAUCCAUUGCUUUGAUAUCAAGUUAUCCAGAAACAACUGCUUUUGGUAUAUCAAUUUUGGGUAAACUUGGUGUCGGAGAAUCGUGGAUCAAUCUCAUUAUUGUUGGGAGCUUACCUUUUGUUGAGUUUCCCAUCGAAAUCGGGAAGAGUAACAAUGUAAUAGUCUCAAACGAAAAUGCUACCCGUUUAAUUUUGCUUGAUAGGGUAUUAGUUUGGGUUGAUUUGAGUACUCAAAUGAUUGGCAUGCUUCAUGUAAACAGGGACGAACUCGGUAGUUGUCAGAUGGGAAGGUACAAGAAAAGCUUUGAUCCUAUUGGAACAAUAAAUAGCUAA